AUCGUAAUCUUUCAUGUCACCACGCACACUGCGGUUUUAUUCGGGUGGGACUUUUUAUUCACGGUCGAGUAAGAGAGGUGUAAACAGUUGCUGAAUUAAUGCGUAUUAAUAGUCAGUGUACUGAUGAAUAUACUUUAAAAAGUUAUUACCAUAGCGACUGUAUCAAUUCAUUAUAAACUGUGGACUUAAUUUAAGUUAAAUAUGUUUAAACUUACAAUUAAUGUCGGGAUUAUUGUUUGGAUUUUUAGCGCUAAAUAUUUAACUGUUUCUUCACAAAGCAGUUGCGUAUCACCUUGGGAACAGCAGCAUCAAUCAUGUGUACAGUUUGUAAGAGAACGGUCGACCUGGCAGGACGCUCGCAAUUCAUGUUUGAGUAUGAACUCUGACCUUCUGAGUGUCAACAGCGGUCAGGAAUAUGAAUUUGUUGCCGCUUUGGUAAAUCGAUACCGGAACAGUUCUAGUUUGAAAUGGUGGAUUGGUAUACGAGAAGUUAAUAGUACUUGGUUGUGGGUAGACAACGAGCAGGAGUAUACAAAUAUUCCUGAAUGGGCACCUGGUAUACGAUGGAAUGACACAAUUAUUGAGAAUCGAUGCGGUCUCCUAGAGUAUCAGGGAUAUUUGUUACCCAGGAACUGUAAAAACCAAAGAUUUUUCAUUUGUGAACAAACUACAACGACACAACCACCACAGACAAACACAAUUUCCACGACUCCGUUGUCAACAAAAACGUUGGAAACAACAACAGUAAGAACAACAACAUAUCCAGUACCAACACCAGACACCGGUACGCCAAGACCACCUGUAACAAAUUCCACAGAGAAACCUGGAGAUAAGUCUACCACAAAUCAUUCAUAUACUGAAAGUCCAACACAACGCACAACCAACAGGCCGACUGAAGGGACCACUGAUGGUCCAGUUACCGGUAUUCCGACCGACAACUCGACUGGAAGAUCCACUAAUAAAACAACUACUGCACAUCUAACCGACAGUCCAACUGGAAGUUCUACAGACAACACCGUAACUGAACGUCCAUCGGAAAGAACGACAUCAAAUUCAAGUGCUAAAGAAACUACUGAACAUCUAACCGAUAGUCCAACUGAAACAUCUACAGACAACACCGCAACUGAACGUUCAUCUGAAAGUACGACUAGAAAAUCUUCUAAUAAAGAAACCACGGAACAUCUAACCGACAGUCCAACUGAAACAUCUUCCGGCGAGACCGGACGUCCAUCUGAUGAUCCGACAGGGAAACCAUCAACUGCUCAACCGACAACCGAAAAUCCGAGAGACGAGUUCCUGGGAUGUUUCGCAGUAAACCGUGAAGACACAUGUCCACCAGUGGAAGCGUUCGGAAUAUCCUGGCCUCGUUCGGAAGCUGGACAGAUGAUUAACGUCUCUUGUAACAAAGGUAAUACAAAAUGGUAUUGUGACCAGAAUCCUAUAUGUUGGAGAGAUGAACCAGAUGUUAGUCAGUGUACAUCAGAGAGUAUACAAGAACUAACAAACCAGAUGGAAGACUUUCUGUCAAACACCAGUAAUUCUGAGAAGGCAAUCGAGUUUACGGAGAACCUGGUGGCUUCUGUCGAAUCAGACGCUGUGAUGUCUGAACAAGAUAUAUUCCAGUCAACAAAACUGAUGGACGCUGCCUCACAAGCCAAACCAAAGAAUUCAAGUGAAGCAAAGAGCAUCAUCAAAAACGUUGCCAAGUUUGGAAGUGGCUUAGUUGACAAGAAGGAUACAUGGACGGCUAUGACUGUAGAAAGUCGACGAUCUGUUGCAUCAUCUCUGCUUAACUCAAUGGAGUCUGUUACCAACAACAUGCUGAAAAGUUUUAAUGAAUCUACAAAUGAGACAAUUGUAGAGGAAAACAUGGUGAUAGAGCUACAAGUGAUUGAUGUAAAUGACGAUGAACCUGAGACCAAUGGCACUAUGUUUCAAGCAGACUCUAACAGUUUUGCAAUAACUCAAGAAACCCUUAAGCGGUUCAGUACAGAUGGCAUGGCAAAACUGGUAUUCAUCAACUACAAUACUGUUGGAGAGUUUUUGGUUCCAGUUGAUGAUGUAGCAGACGACAACUUAGAACGUCAAAUGAUCAGUCAGGUGAUCAGUGCCUCUCUAAGCGAGAAAUCUGUUGAGGAACCUCUCGAUAACACUGUUCAGUUUACAAUGAAAACUUUAAACAUAGAGAAAAGUCAAGAACGUGUGCAGUUAUGUUCGUUUUGGAACUUUAGUCUUGGAUAUACUGGAGCAUGGUCUCAGAAAGGUUGUACAUUGAAAGAGUAUAACAACACACAUACAACUUGCCAGUGUAAUCAUCUCACAAAUUUUGCAAUCCUCAUGGACGUUCAUAGUACGGAGAUAGAGCCAAUCCAUGCCAUCACUCUGUCCUACAUUACAUACGCUGGUCUCAUCAUCUCUAUUAUAUGUCUGUUCUUCUCAUGGAUAACAUUUGUUUGUCUCAGUAUACGAUGUAUCCGAGGAUCAUGGAGUAGUUAUGGAAACGGGGAAGGCAAUGAAUAUUACGGAACCAGUGGCAGUUACACUGGCUCGACCGCUGGCUCACGGUCCAUACAAGGAGAGAGAAAUUCCAUACACAAGAAUCUUGCAUUCUGUCUGUUUAUUGCUGAAGUAUUGUUCCUGGCGGGAAUAGAAAGAACUGAUAAUAAAGUUGCAUGUGCGAUCAUUGCAGGAUUUCUGCAUUACUUCUUUCUGUCCGCCUUUACAUGGAUGUUUGUUGAAGGCAUCCACAUUGUUUUCAUGCUUGUACAAGUGUUUGAUGCUGCUAGAUCCAGGCUCAAAUACUAUUACAUGAUAGGAUAUGGUGCUCCAUUACUUGUAGUUGGUAUUUCUGCAUUAGUGUAUUAUGAAGGAUACGGAACAGAGAAGUAUUGUUGGUUGACGACAGACAGGAUGUUCAUAUGGAGUUUUGCUGGUCCUAUUGUGUUUAUUCUGUUGGUUAAUCUUGUUGUGCUCAUAUAUGCUAUGUUUGCGGUGUAUAAGCAUUCAGAAUAUGUGUUCACAAAGGAUAAAUCGAAAACUGGAAACAUCAAGGCAUGGAUACAGGGAGCGCUUGCGAUGGAAGUUCUUCUUGGGCUCACAUGGAUAUUUGGGUAUUUCUACAUCAGUGAAGAAGCUAUUCCCGUAGCUUACCUCUUUACUAUAUUUAACAGCCUUCAAGGCCUUUUCAUCUUUGUGUUUCAUUGCCUUCUGAAUAAAAAGGUUCGGAAGGCAUAUACACGGUUCAUCGAUUACCCAGGUAGGACUAGUUCAAGUGGAACCCAUUCUACAAAAGCUUAUCACAGAGGGUCAGGUCCUCCAACGCCUUCCUAUCAUAUGAAUGGAAACAGAAAACAUUCGAAAUUUCUUGAUCUUACCAAAGACAGACGCCCGUCCUCUAUGUCAACUACCUCUGCUUAGAAGUAUUUACAACACGGGUUAUCAUGUGUAACAAGAAAACAAUUUACCUAAUCCACUAAGAUGCAGAGUAGUUAUACCAUUUGCUUAUUUAGAUUCAUUUUCAUUUGGUAUAUAUGCAUAUUUAGCUUUAGGUCAUGUUUAGUAGUGUUCAUUUAUGGUAGUUUGGAGGUUGUGUUGUUGAAUGUUAGGUAGGAAUAUUGCAGUGGCAUGCACUCCGUACAUGUCAAGAAAAUACUUGCGUCCAAGAUAGGUAUAUCAUUCUUUCAAGCGGUCAUGAAUUUCAAAGGAUAUGACGAUGGUUUGACAGAGUGUGAUAGGUCUGAAGAUGUUUGUUAAACACCGCUAUUUCAUAUCAUGAAUAUGAGAUAUUUGUAAGUUACUUCCUGAGAGCAGGUCAGUACUGAUGCGGAAUCCAGGAACACUAUCUUAACUGACGAACGUUAUAUAACUAAAUGUCUUUUAACCAGAAUUAAAGUCUUACAGUAUUAUUACAGUCAACUCUGUCAUGAUACAGUAACACACAUUCAAUGCAUGCUUUUAGCUUUUUGAUUUUGUUGGUGCUACUUGUAUAAUCAUGUAUCUUUAGUUAACCUGCCUUAUUGCAUUAUGUAUAUUUAUUAUUUCAUUUCUAUGACAAUUUAUGACAAGUUUUAUUUCAUGCCUUAUUUAUUUUUCUGUACCAUUGUAUGGUAAAACUUUUAUCAGUAUUUACAGUUGAAUAAUGGAAAGUUGGGGGAAAAGCAAAAUGAAGUAGAAACAUUAAUUGAUAUAAUAUUUGAGCCGCGCCAUGAGAAAACCAACAUAGUGGGUUUGCGACCAGGAUCCAUGCCGUUCGCUAACAGUUUCUCUAAUUACUAUAGGCUUUGAAAGCGAACAGCAUGGAUCCUGACCAGACUGCGCGGAUGCGCAGGCUGGUCUGGAUCCAUGCUGAUCGCAAACCCACUAUGUCGGUUUUCUCAUGGCACGGCUCAUAUCUGUUCUUGAAAUAAUUGUGACUAGUUUCAUUUUCUUCCCUUUUUUACUUUAUAAACAUUCCUCUAUAUACAACGGGAUGAUUAUAGACGUCCAUGGGUCAUAGUCAGAGACCUGUAAAAAAGAACACGAGUGGAGUAUUUCAGCUUGUUGUUAAAUUCCUCAUUUACUGUUUCCCCUAUUUGUUUCUAAUAAUUGAAAAUAUGUUGUCUUUGAAAUACCGCUUUAGCUGUUUUAGGGUGUGAUGGUGGUUGUUGUUGUUUUAAGGUAUUUAGAUGGACCGCCAUUAUACAUUAGAAUACAUCAAAUGCUCGUCUGGUCAUCAAACAAUGUUUGAAACGUUCUAAACGGUUUUCGUUGUUGUUAUUUUUUUUUUGUUUAGAAAAACUGUUUUAAAGACUGUUACAGUAGGAUCUUCCAGUAUUUGUAAUGCUACAUAUUUUUCUCUAUUUCUGCCAUUGAAUUACCUGUGAUUCCUUUCGGAUAGUUGAACCCUUGUGUGUGUGUUGAAAUUUUCCAUUCGCUUCUUCAUUUUCAUUAAACUAUCAAAUGUGUCGGGUAAAAAAUCAAUGCAUCCCAAAUCUUACACAAGCAAAAUUAUGUAAUUUUCCGAAACGCAACUUCUUUAGAACUGUUUAGAUUGUUGUAUGUACAAUGUAACUACGCGUUUAAGAAAUGCCCGUAUUGUUAUUUAUGUUGUUUCAAAAUUGUAUGCUUAAGUUACCAUUGUUUAUUAUAAUGUGCUAUCUUAUUUUUUGUUCUAAAAUAAAAUGUGAAGAACAUGA